GCAGAUGAAGCCUCCUGACUCAGAGGAGCUGCCUCUUCUCUCGCUGUUGUUCUCACUGCUUUUCCUCCGCUGCUCACGUCGCUUUCUGCCUCUUUGCACGUCUCUGCCGCACACAUGGAGCUGCGCCGCGCUUCAGAGAGACUAGACCCGCACGUCACGCUCAAAAACCUGAGCAGGUAGAUGUUAGUGAGAAGAGGAGCUGAGGACAGGAUGAAGAGCUCCGCUGUCGUGCUGCUUCACACGCUCGCCUUAUCCUGGACAGGUGCAGUCGAGUCUGGCCCCAAAAUCGAUGGACGUCAGCGCGCCUCUCUGACCCUGAGGGAGAACAUCACCCACCGCUUCAACUGUCAGACGGACAGUUGGGACCCGCGCGCUCCUCCCCUCCUCACCUGGUACCUCAACGGAGAACAGCAGCACGCGCAGAGUAAACCCCCGCCGAAAAGAGGGCGCAGAGUCAUGAUGCCGCCGCGGGAUGAUUUCAGGGACAGACCGAACGUUCAGCCUCCCAACAGCACUUUCUCUUUAAAAGUCCGGAGAUGGGACCGGGAGCUGGUGUGCGCCGCUUCAAAUCCUAAAACGGGGCAAAGUUACAACGCUACGGUCAUGUUGAAUAUACAGUUCCAGCCCGAGAUCCUCAAAGUCAAAGCCCAGUACAGCGAGACCGCAGACCCGGGCCUCUCUUUGGUCCUGUUCGCUCUGGUCCGGUCCAAUCCGCCCGCCACCCUCAGCUUCAUGGACCAGACGGGUCAUGUCGUCGCCAACACCUCGGACUUCCUCAUCCUGGACUCCCACAGCUACCCCUGGUUAACCAAUCACAGCCUGCGUGUGGCGCUGAGCAGCCUGUCGGGGAACAUGUCGCUGAACGCCGACAACAGCCUGGGAACGGCGCAGAGCAACCUCACGCUCGCAGAGUUCCUCCAGUCCCGGGUGGAGGUGCCGAUGUUGGGGAUCGUGACGGGAGGAGCCAUGGCGUUCAUGGCUCUGCUCAUCCUCAGCCUCAUCGUUCUCUGCCUCAUGCAAAAAAACAAGAGCAAAACCAUCGAGGAGCCUGUGGAGAUCGUGAUGGCCACUAGGAGUGAAUCCACGACUUUGAAGACGGAGAAAGCGGAAAAGCCCCACAUGCCCCGAGAAAACAUGUCUUUACCUUCGAACAUGCAGCUCAACGACCUCAGCACUUUAAAAAGAGUUCGAGAUAUCGCAAAACAACACAGUUUAGACGAGGAGGAAGAUUUGUCGUUAGCUUACGCCGCCAGAGGUUUCGCUCGAUAUCCGAUGGUGGGCUACAUCUACAAAGUGAACAGCACAAGCAGUGAGGAGAUCUGGCUCUGAUAAAACGCAUUAAAGACGAAUGAACUAACGAAACUGUGCAUGAGAAACUCCAUUACUAACCAACAGGAAAAGUCUGGUGAGGGUUCCACAGAACGACCAAACCAAUCCGCCGCUCUCUGCAAAUCUAAAGUCCUCAGACGAGACGAAGGUAACGCCGGACGCUCGGAAUCUGUGCUCAAACUCACAAACCAUUCACUCUCUGCAGUUUUAUGGCACAAAUCAAAUGUCUUAAAUAACAGGCUACGCUAACACUUUACAUCGUUUGGCCCUGAAUCAAAAAAUGCUAAAUUUCAGUUUUUAUUUGACUUUUUCUUAUAAUUUUCCAGACCGUAUAAACAUUUCUUAAGAUGUGAGGUGACGUUAAUAUAUUUUUAUUCGAUUUCGGGCAGCUAACAGUGGACUACAUGUAUUUGAUGUGUGUUUACCCAUAAUUUAACCUCCAUUUUGGGACAUUUCUGCUGGAGGUUCUCUGUAGAGAUGUUGUUUCUUUACCUGGAAUGUUCCUCAAUAUUUCUGCGCCACAGUGGGUGUCAAAGUAUAGAGGAAAUUAGGUAUAAAAUAGAUGAAUAAUUGUCGUAAAGUUUGACAGGAGGGACCAAAAAGACAGAACUCGGGGGGAGCGAGGUGUUUGGGUCCGAGGGUAGAGCGAGAGUAGCAGAGUCUGAGACGGGACGGACAGGAAGCAGGAUCUGGUGAAGAGCAAAAGUAUCCAAAUAAGCAAAGUCAAAAGACGCAAAAAUACGAACUGAGCCAAGCAGGAAGUACCACAGAGAUCUGGCACUGAGUGUGAGGUCCUGCCUCCUCUUAUCCUCAGUUCAGUCCUCUUUUAGCCCUCUUCUAGUCCUCUUUUAGUCCUCAGUUCAGUCUUCUUUUAGUCCCCUUUUAGUCCCCUUUUACUCCUCAGUUCAGUCUUCUUUUAGUCCUCAGUGCAGUCUUCUUUUAGUCCCCUUUUAUUCCCCUUUUAGUCCUCUUUUAGUCCUCUUUUAGUCCUCUUUUAGCCCUCUUUUAGUCCCCUUUUAGUCCUCUUUUAGUCCUCAGUUCAGUCUUCUUUUAGUCCUCAGUUCAGUCUUCUUUUAGUCCUCUUUUAGUCCUCUUUUAGCCCUCUUUUAGCCCUCUUUUAGUCCUUUUAGUCCUCUUUUAGUCCUCAGUUAGUCCUCAGUUCAGUCUUCUUUUAGUCCUCAGUUCAGUCUUCUUUUAGUCCCCUUUUAGUCCUCAGUUAGUCCUCAGUUCAGUCUUCUUUUAGUCCUCUUUUAGUCCCCUUUUAGUCCUCAGUUCAGUCUUCUUGUAGUCCUCUUUUAGCCCUCUUUUUAGUCCUCUUUUAGCCCUCUUUUAGUCCUCUUUUAGUCCUCAGUUCAGUCUUCUUGUAGUCCUCUUUUAGCCCUCUUUUUAGUCCUCUUUUAGUCCUCUUUUAGUCCUCUUUUAGUCCUCUUUUAGUCCUGGUUCAGUCAAAAACAUGAACUGAGCCAAUCAGGGAGUACCACAGAGAUACUCGGACGAUCUGGCGCUGAGUGUCAGGUCCUGGCUCCUCUUUUCCUCCCCAGGUGCAGGUGGUUGUGUCCAGGUGUGUGUGGGAGGAGCCAAGAUCUCCGCCCCAGCUCCAGGCUCAGAGACGGAAGGGAGGAAGGAACGUACAAAAAAAGGGGCGGGACUGACAGGGAUCAUGACAAUAAUAAGAUAAAGAGCAUAAAACAAAAAUAUAAAGUGUCCAGAUAUCAUCUCCAGAUCACAGGUCAGAUCUGUGGAGAGCUGAGCAGUUAGAAUAUGUGUUUUUAAAGCACUUUGGAGAAGACAAAAAACACCCAUGAAUUAAAAAAUACAAGACAAAUACGUUUAAUAACACGGCGGAACAUUCCAAGCAACAACACCUCAACUGAGAUGCCUUUUAUCGUGACAUUUUAUUCUUUCUUUGAAUAAAAAUCCCGGUUACGUGCGAGGAAACGGAACAUCGCAGCGUAAACAAAACCAAACGGUCUCAUAAGAACUUUCUCUGGACGUUAGAUUUACAAAAAAAUGAACAAUAUGACCCCAGACGUGGACGCUCUUUUCUAACCUGUGCAGAUUUACUUGUUCUAACGCUCAAAUAUCUUGGAUUUUUCCCGUUUCUCCGUCUCUUUCCAUCUGCCACACCCUCAUCCGAGUCUUUCAAGCACCAGAAUGAAAAAAGCCAUAUUUAAACUUAAACUUAAACAUACCGUACUGAUUGUGUGUCAUUUGUGUGUAUAUUCUUACCCAUAAUGCCCCAGUAACGGCAUGCGCUCCUUGCUCUAUGCUAUAACAGCUGAAUAUCCAAAAACAUGUGCUGUGUGAGAUUUGACCUUUGACCUUCCAGUGUCUUCAAACGGUGCAUUAUGAAGCGGUGAGUAUUUGUAUGUGGAGAAAAGUGUAACUGUUUGCACAUAUACAGUACAUGUGUGUGUUAAAGCGUCUAAUAAAGAUCCUGUUGAGAUUUUG